AUGGUAGCAUCUCGUCUUAGUCUCGGGCCCAUUGUCCGGCGGCUACUAAGGUCUGACAAUGUGGAUAUUGAGAGUAAAGGCUACAAUGGCAUGACGCCGCUUUUACUAGCUGCAUUCCACGGGCACGAAGCUGUGGUGAAGCUACUUCUGGAUACUGGGAAAGUAGAUGUCGAUAGUAAGGAUGUUGAUUACCGGACACCACUCCACUACGCUGCACAGUUUGGACAUGCUGUGGUGAGGCUACUUCUGGAUACUGGGAAGGUGGAUGUCGAUAGCAAAGAUGAUGAAAACCAGACACCAUUCCUUUACGCCGCACUGUGUGGACAUGAAGCUGUGGUGAGGCUACUUGAGAGAUCAUGUAUUGAAGAAUCCUCGGCAUCAAAUUGA